AAUGAGUUUCUGGGCCCAAGUUCCAUCUGUGCAGUUUCCACCUCUCUAGGAAAUUACUUCUCCCUCCUGUCCGGUAGGCUAUCACUUUAAGUUUGGGCGGGGCCUGUUGGACACCGGCCCAGCACCUGGAACCUCGAGGAAGCGAGGAAGCGCUGAAGCAGGCCACAAAAGUCUCCGAGGUAGUGAGUGAGGACAUACAAGGACUAGGAUACAGGGAGUAGGUGGCUUCCCAGCGGGAUCCCCAGCUGGGAACCCAGCCACUGGGCUGGGUGGCAGGGAGGGAAGGACCUGUGGCCUCAGCCCUACUGGGGACCAGAACAGAGACCUCAAGAAGCUGGUGAAGUGCCAAGGGCACAGCUGGGGACAGCUACUAGGGCCUCCCCAGAUGCCUGCUGCCUGCAGAACUCAGCUACCACCACCACCACGCCUUCUAAUGCGCUGGACUCUCCCCUGGACCGCUCCUGUGGCUCCUGGACCAGCCUGAUGGCUGUACGCGAGACAUGCGUCAGAGGCCAAGUGGCCUCCACUGUGCGUUACUGCAUGACGGUCGGUGGCACAGUGGUCCUGGUCAUUGGGACCCUCUGCUUUGCAUGGUGGAGCGAAGACGAUACAGCCAUCCAGCCUGGCUCACUGGCCCCCACAGUGAAGCGUCCACUGCCCAGGAUCUCCCUGACGUGGCUCAAGUCUAUCAGUUUAUUCUGCUGUAGCAUGGGUGGCCUGCUUCUGUUCUCUGGCCUGCUCUGGUCCAUCCAGGAUAGCACAAAGAGGUCGAGCCAGGGGGACCUGUACCAACUCUCCAGAGACCUGUGCCACCUUGCUGCGGAGUCUCCUGAGAAGAGCUGCAGGCCUCCCAAGGAGGCUGCCAUUCCCACUUACGAGGAGGCCAUGUACUGUCCACUGGCGGAGGGUCCCCUGCCAUCCCCUGUGCAGCCCGAAGAAGAAGACCUUCAGCGCCACGCCCCAAGAGACGCCCUGCUGGGGUCAACAUCCCUUUUACCCCCACCCAGCUACGAGAGCAUCAUCCAAGCUCAGGAGGCUGUUUCUGGGCCACAUGCUGCAAGCUCCAGCCCAGGUCGAGCUCAGGCUGCAGGGGAGUUCCAGGGCUCCAGCAGCCCCUGAAACUGGCCCCUAAGCCAUGAACUUUGCUCUGGGCCUACUCCAGUGCUGGGCUCCCAGCCGGCAUUCGACAGAGCUAUGCUCCUGGAUGCUGUUUAUGUAUCUGUUGCCGUGUAAGAGACCAUCUCCAUGUCAGGUGGGCUUUAAAUA